AUGUCCUCUCCUGAGUAUUACUGUAGUAACGGUCUUCGCUUUGUGCGACCGUACUUCCAUUUUUUCCAAACACAUGUUAAAAGCCGUUGGUUAGGGAGAACUCUACUAGAAGUUUGUGCGGAAGAUCUCCAUCUUAGGCCCGAAAAGAUAGAGUCUCAAGUUAGAGAUGGGAAGCUCUACGUAAUUAGCAACCAAGGAAGAGCUGCUUCCACCUUGGAGAUUAAAGAUUGGGGUAUUUUGAAGAGAAGAAAAUUACAGAGGCACGAUUUAGUAUGCCACUUGAAACAUACUCAUGAACCCGCAGUACUCUCCAACACAAGUAAUGAUGAACCUGGAGCAUCAACUGAAAUUGUUUACCAAGAUGACAACAUUCUUGUAGUGAAUAAACCUUGUGGAGUUCCAACGCAUCCAUCAGGAUCAUUCAGAUAUAACUCAAUGACGGAAAUUCUCGAGCAUGAGCUCAAAUACAAGCUAUACCCGUGCCACAGACUUGAUAAAUCAACUUCGGGAAUUCUAAUUAUGGCGAAGAAUAAAGAAGCAGCUGCAAGUUUCAACCAGAAUAGAAUUACUAAAAAGACCUAUAUUGCUCGCGUCAGGGGCAAGUUUCCCAAUAGUGAUGAUCCAAUAGCUGUAGUUGCCCCAAUUUUCACACUUAAUGCGGCGGGUGGCUACCUAGGUCAAUCUAAUGCCAAUAAUCUAGCUCUUAACCUGAAAACCCUUUUUCAGAGACUAUCAUAUAACGCUGAACAAGACCAAAGUAUAGUUUCAUGUCAGCCUGUUACUGGCAGAAUGCACCAAAUACGAAUCCACUUGAGAAAUAUGGGAUUCCCCAUAGUCAAUGAUAAACACUACAACUACUUAGAUUAUAGUGGUUCAACCAGAGAUUGUAACAACCUAGUUCUUGAAUUGUAUCGCCGUAUAAAACAAAUUCAUCCUAUGAUAAAUGAGUUUAAGGAUCCAGAAUUCAAUAUAGACGGUACUGUUGAUGUCUACAGCGCCACUGAUUUCUACAGUGAUGUUACGCUUAGAUCACAAAUAUCGGAUCUACAGAAGCUAAAACUUUCAGAAUUACAAGAAGAAGGAGAGAAUGACAAAGAAUUUUGUGAGGAAUGUGGCGAUUAUUAUAGAAAUUCUAAACAGAGUGCAGAAGACCAGAAGAUAUGGCUACAUUCUUUAAGGUAUAAGUACCAGGGGGACCCAGAUUUGAUAUUUGAGACGGAGUUACCAGAUUGGUACAAUAUAGAUUAG